AAUUAAAAUGGCUAAAAAGCUCAUAAAGGUUUGGAGUACCCUCGUUGAACGGACCUUUCAAGACUGGUCACUCUGCGAAGGGCUUCUCGAGGUGACCGAUGGAAGAACUUGGGGGAGAGAUUGGGUGGCAGUGUCAAUGGCUUUCUUGAGUCUCGUGUGUCCCAUGGGCUGGGCAAGCUGUGACCUGGACUGUGUCCAGGUGCAAGGCGAUCCAGUCUCUCAACAGAUGCUGGGCGUGGCUGCUGCCUGUGCCGAGGGUACCAUCCUCUUCCUGGUCCUCCUGCAAGUCUUAGAAGCUCUGCACCAACUAGGGCUUGCCCCAGACCACCAGAGCCAAGGCCUGCAGUGGUACCAUGGCCUGCACCGGGGCGACGGUAACCAGUGGUAA